UUGGCCUGCCCAGGGAAAACCGUGAUGAGGUGAGCCCAGAGCCUUGCCCUAUUUCCCUAGCAACGGUCUGCGGAGCAGAUGGUCACCUAGCGAUUUGUCGGACUGUGUGGAGUCUGACCACUUGUUUCCAACUCAUAAGGUCUUGCAGCUUGGUUGACCCGAUGUUUCAUGGAACUGUCACAAAAGAGCUAACCAGUCAUGAAGAGUGGAGUCACUAUAAUGAAAACAUAAUAGAAGAUCAGAAAGAUUUUGUUUUUAUGAAGUUCAGUGGUCUUCAUUUAAAAUCUAUGGAAAAUUUGCGAUCUUGUAUCUCUCUUAGAGUAUGCAUCUUCUCAAACAAUUUUAUUACAGAUAUUAGUCCACUUCAAAGUUGUAUAAAAUUAGUCAAACUUGAUCUCCAUGGAAAUCAGGUAAAGAGUCUACCAGAUACCAAAUUUUGGAGUGGAUUGAAGAAACUAAAACUCCUCUAUCUUCAUGACAAUGGGUUUGCGAAGUUAAAGAAUAUAUGUAUGUUAUCUGCCUGUCCAAGCCUCAUUGCCCUCACUAUGUUUGAUUGUCCAGUAAGCCUUAAAAAAGGAUAUAGACAUGUUGUUGUCAAUAGUAUAUGGACUCUCAAAGCGCUGGAUCAUCAUGUGAUUUCUGAUGAAGAAAUAAUUCAGAACUGGCAUCUUCCUGAAAGAUUCAAAACCUAUAACCACAGGCUUUUCUUUAAUUUUUGCUCUGCUUUGAAAAAGGGAUCAACCUAUGAGGAUGAAAUUAAUAAUAUCAAAUAUGUUAUUUCAAAAAUUAAUGACAUUCUGGCUCAUAAUUCACCAGUUUUGAUUGUUCAAAGGUGGACACGUGGUUUCCUAGUAAGAAAGAGUUUGAGCUCCCUGUUUUUGUAUAAAAAACAUCAAGAAAAAUUUAUUAAUGAAUAUGAAACAAAACAGAUUUACAUACACAAAAGAUAUGAAGAUAAGUUCUUUAAAGAUCUCUUUUUUCAGCCUGAAACUAAUAUAACAGGAAAGCUUGCACGCUGGAAACAUAAUCUACAUUCUCCCGUUGAUUUAGAAAAUUCUAGUGAACAGAGAAAAUAUGUUUCCUCUAUUUUAUACAAAUUAAAAACAAAAAAUAUUGGCAUGAAAUCAAAAAAAUCAAGACAUCUGAUUCAAAAAGAUCAGAAGUCUGAAAAUGAAACUGAAGAUGAAGAAUUGGAUGCCAGUUUUAGGAUAUCAGUGUUCAAACUGCCCAUUCAUCCUUCAGAUUCGUCGAAGUAUGCUACGGUAUUGAAAGAGAAAGAACAAGAUUAUUUUUCUACAUAUGCGCAGCCAUUUUCUACCACUCAUCAAAAAAAAGUAAUUAAAAAAAAAGACAAGCUUUUGGAGAAGAAUAUAAGAAAGUUUCUUACAACACAAAAAACUGGUAUAAAACUCCAAACACUUUAUGAUAUUGAUAAAUAUUAUUCAGAACAAAAGAAGCAGGAAAGUCAUGAAAAAAAAGUAAUGGCUGUUACCAUGGCAAAAGAUGCCCAAGAAAGAGUUAGUUUAACUGUUCAAGAAUCUUCAAGUAAGAAAAAAUACACUGCACAAAGACGAACGGUAAAAGAUAAUUUCACAAUUCAGUAUGGCUUACAACAACUUUGGCAGGACAAAUUCAACUACCUUGAAAAAGUUAGAGAGAGGAGAGCUUUGUUUCUAGAAGAAAAAAAACAAAAGGCUGAGGAACGUUUAUUAAUUCAAAACUUAAAUAAUGAGCGUGCUAUUUUGGCCAAAGGUAUAAUUAAAAUGGACAGACUGAAGAAGCAAGAGGAUGUCUUAAGAGAGAAAAGUCUGGUUGUUCGGCAAAAACUGGAAAAUGAAAAAUAUCUAAAGGAAUUACGUAAACACAUGAAGGGUUUUAGGGCUCAAGAAAUAUAUAAAAGACACUGUGAAGAAAAAUUUGUUCUUGAUAUGAUUACUUUUCAAAAAGCUUGUGAAAGAUUACAAGAUGCGAAAACAAAAGUUGCACUUGUGAAAACGAAUUUAGUCCUUAAAGUUCCUAGUGGAAUAAGAGAAUGAACCAAUUCCAGAUCACAUCCUGUGGUCAUUUUGAGUUAUGGCCAUUAGUUUUAUUGAAAGGACUUUGAAGUAAUACUAUGAAAAAGAAAUACUCUGUCACAAAAUGGAUUUUCAUAUAAAUCUUUUUAAAAAUAUAGAGUAAUGAAAAUGUUUCUUUUUGAUCACAAUUUAACCUAAAUCAAGUUGACUUGACACCUCCUAAAGAUUCCUUAUAUAUCCAUGUGUCCUAGCAACAAUUAAAACUGAUUUCACUUAUUGAAGGAAAUAUUGCAAAAGGCAUUGCUUAUAUUGUUUCAUAUCCUGAGUAUAGCAAUUCAUAAGCCAUUUUCAGUUUCUCUGGCAAUCUUAGCAUAGUAAUUUCUGCCCCAGCUGCCAACUUUUAUUAAGACACUGUGUACUUUGAUUAGUUUCAUUACCUGCUUUCAUGUAUUUAAUUGCAUUGCUUUUUUAUUUUGCUAAAUUAUUUCUGAAUUUAUUUUUUCAAAAUAAAGUUUUCACUGUUAUAUCAGUGAUUCAUACUCUUAUAAAAAUGCAGAAAAUUUAAAGUAUAAAAGAAAAGUUAAACAUUCCUGUUAACUUUCUUGGAUAUUAUAAGACUGUGUAUAUUUGCUUUUGAUAUGUUUGCUUUUUGCGUAUACGUGGGGGCAGAAAGAGAGGGAGAGAGAGAUAGAAAGUAGACACGCAUAUUUAUAUAAUUGUGGUCAUAAAGUAUAUCGGAAUGGUAUGUUAAUUCUAAGUCUAUUUAAUACAUAUUCAUGGUAGAAAAUUUGAAAAAUAAAAAACAAAAAGAUAUAGAAA